UCUCCAACCCAAAAUAGCGGAGGAUGAUGUUUAGGCAUAUAAAUGGGAACAAAGCAGAGCAGGCUUUUGCAUUUAGAAUCACUCGUCUCUGAAACAGCAAUAACAAUCAGCGGUGGUCUUCAACAAAGAGUUUAAAAGGGACUGCUGUAUAGAGAGCUCUUUGUUCAGUGGUAGUCUUCGUUGUGAGUCGAGCAAGAGUCAUCAGAAAUCCAGAGCAGAAUUCUUACUCGUGGCAAACAUUUAACGAGAUGAACCAACUGUGGUUGAUGACAAUGGUUGCGCUACUUGCGAUCAAUGUGAUAGCCCAAGAUGAAGGUGAAGAGCACUUUUUGAACUUGGUUCGUAAAAAGGCUUGUGCAGGACGGUCCUGUAGUGAUGUCAGGCAAACUGAAACUGACUUGACCGAAGAAGAGGGAAAGAUGGACGAUUCAUCUCAUGGGGAAGGUGAUGACGAACAAGAUGUGACAAGUUCCAUUCAAGCACCAGCAGUAAAGUUGCGACAAUCAAGCACAGUAGAGAAGUGCAAGACAUUGAGAUGUCGGUUACGAUAUGCACUUGAAUCACACAAAGACGUCGAUCAAGAAUGGGKUGUCAAUACUGACAAAGACGAUCGUAGUGCGGACGAACCAAAAAAGAAAUGCGUGGCAUGGAAUUGCAAACGUGAAAAUGUCUUGUCGAAAAAGAGCCAAGUUACCGACAACAAGAGAUGCAUGUCWUGGGGUUGUAGAAAGCGAAGUCUAAAAGCCGCCUUCAAGCGAGAUAGUACCACGACCMGUAACAAUGAUGAACUGAAGGAAGACAAUCUACAAAGACAAGAGCKAAGCGACGUCGAAAAGAAUAUGCAGUCUAAGAGAUGCAUGACUAGGGAAUGCAAAAAAGAGGAAGAACUACUGACUAGAAAUAUAAAGAGAAAAGCCUCAACAAAAUGCUUGGCCUGGUACUGUCAAGGAAAACGCACAGUYGCAAUGAAGAGAUCAGGAGAGAUUGAUACAUCUAAAAGAAUAAUCAGUAGGAAGCCAGAAGAAGACCUUGCUUUGUUUGAUUUAUCGAGGGAUGGAAAGUGUAAAGGCUUGGAGUGUCUAACCAAGCGCAUGAUAAAGAACAGYAAUUCUGAUGUUGCUUCGUUAAGCAAAAAGAACAAAAUGCUCCCGGGAUGCAUAACCUGGAACUGUUAUGGAAAACGCACUGCUGCAAAGAAGGAACCCGCAGCGAUCGACAGCUUCAAGAGAAUAAUCAGCAGAAAAAACGACAAGGASCUUAAUUUGUUGGGUCUAUCGGAUGAGAAGUGCAGAGGCUGGGACUGUCUUAAGAAGCGUGUAGUCCAUGGGAUACAAAAUGAUAUACCAACRAAGUGCCUAUCAUGGGACUGUGAUAAGAGAAGAGCAGAUACUGGYGAAAGCAGCAGGUCACAAGGAGAUAURAGKGARCAAUUGCACGAGAGCGAUACAACRCACUAUGGCAUACCUGAUGAAUAUAAAGACAUGAUACGAAUGCCAAUCAGACGCGACGUUUUGGGGCGUGUUUCAUCAUAUUUUACAGAGAGAGGUUCCCGACGCACUUUACAAAAAGAUAUUCACGAGAAGUGAGGCUAGACAAGGGAGAGAAGAUGAAGCACAAGAUAAAUUAAAAUGUGAAGUCAAAUUAAGUCAACUCAUCUAAGGAACUCUUUCUAGUUUUUAUUUUGUUUAAGUGUUCACAGACAUAGAAUUGCCAGCUGAAAGCUUUCGAAAUAUAAUAAAGAUUAAUUAUCUAAAUUACAAAUGCAAGACGACAAGCCAAAUCAUUGUCUUUUUGUCAUUGCAUCAGUCAUUCAUGUUUAUAGGUGCGGGAAGUAAUGCAUUCUUCUUACCAAACACACAACGUUUUGGCGGGUAAAAUAUCAUAUGACGAACCCGACAAUUCAUGAAUAUAAAUAUAUGCAAAACAAUGAAAUAAUGAUAAUUUGAUGUAUUAAGUAAAAAUAAAACAUUCKUGAUCAAUAGACUAGCCCUUGAGUCGGCUUCUUUCUGGCAGGUAUAAUAAUGGUACGCUAUUAAUAAACCUCGGUUGAACUUGAUAAUUACAGUAAAUAUAUGAACCUCGRCUUGGAA